UCGCUUCCCUCCACAAGCCCACCCACCACCAUUCGACUCAAUAUCCUCAACUCUGCAACCAUGCCACGGCUGCUUCGGCUCGGGGAAUAUGAGCGGCUUGUUGUGCUGGUGCUCUUCUUGUCGCUGGGCAUCACCAUCGGCAUGAUGUGGGCCCACUCCAGCUGCAACAGCGGUCCUCAAGUUGUCAUCCCUGCACCGAGAAGGAUGGCGCAGUCCUUGCAAGAAGUGUCUGACACAGACACGCGUCAGCAGCGCGCCUCAGCUGCCGCACAGCCCAACGAAGAGGAAGUCCACAACCCGCCCAAUGAGCAAAUGCUACAGGCAAUUGAGGCGCUCGAGCUGAUCCAACAGCGCCACCAAGGUCCCGAUGACGAUGACGCCGUUGCGAAUGUCAUUGCACGAGAGUUGUUUCGGCGAAGCAACGUUCAGCAGGCCGCGUCUCCGAAACAGGCUGCCAUGGAAGUGCACGUCAAUCGACCAGGCAACAACGGGGGUGAUUCGGAACAACAACAACAGCGACAGCACGGGCAGCAUGCAAAAGACGCAAACGCCAACGCCGUGGUCGUUGGGAAGGAGCCGCAAUCCAAGAAGAGCGACGAGAAAGCGAAGAACAAGCAUGGCGCAAGCGAUGAUGACGCGGCAGCCGAUGGGAAACAACAGGGGAAAGCGUCCGGUCCCACCCUCAGCCCUGUCAUGAGGGACAUGAUCAAGCGGCUUGGACUGGACAGCAAAGUGGACAUGGGCAAGCUGCUGGCACAGGGAGAGGGUGGGGAGGAUGUGGUGAUCAAAGCCGGUGGCAACAAGGACGAUGCAGACAAACCACAGGAGCCCGUACCCGCAUACAUGCUCAACACCAUGCCAGACGAGCCGCCAUACGGCACUCCUCCAGACGCGAACCCGAAGAAGGGCGCCAGCGUCUUUGCGCUCGUGCUGACAACACCCCAACGUCACGAUCCAAAGGCAAUUGCCGUCAACAGAACGUGGGGUGGGCGGUUUGAUGGGCUGGCGUUCAUGACAUCCGAGCACUUCCAGGGCCUCAACACCGUGAUCAUACCCAUCAAGGACGAGGAUCGGAAAGACCUCUGGCUCAAAACGAGACUAUCCCUCUUGUACGCAUACACACACUUCUUGGACAAGUAUGACUGGUUCAUGAAGCUGGACGAUGACUCCUACGUGAUGGUGGACAACCUCAGGUCGUUCCUCGAUGACUACGACCCAGACCGCCCCCACUUCUUCGGGCGCCGGUUCCUGCUGCAUCGGGGCAAGAAGGAGUACGAGAUGUCGUACCACAGUGGCGGUGCAGGGUACAUCCUGAGCAGGCGAGCGCUGAAGAUGCUUGGGGACAACGCAGACAAGGUGUUUCGCAAGAACGGCGUGGCAGAGGACGUGGAGAUUGCACGCAGCCUGGCAAAGCUCAAUAUUCACUGCGAGGACACCCGAGACAGCAUCGGGCGAGAGCGCUUCCUGCCGCUGAACGUGCAGCGGUUGAGAUAUGACAUCACAAAGACGAAGAAGCCCAACUUUUGGUACUGGCGCUACACGUACUACCCACCACGCGACGAGCUGGAGUGCUGCUCUGUUCGAUGGAUCACGACGCAUUACGUGUAUUCCAAGGACAUGUACACGUUGGAUCGCUUGCACAAGGAAGGCAAGGAGGCCGCCGGCAAGGAUCCGGCCACUCGCGAGUGGUGA